GUGUAGAUGCUGGCGACCCGCACUCAUAGUUAGGUGAUCGUUUGCCCAAAUUGUAGCUUCUUUUCUGUGCGAUCCUGUCGGACGGUUUUUGUUCUGGAAAGCCGAACUUCUGUACUCAACUUGCGGAUAUCCUCUUCGGGUGCAUUCCGGAUGACGUGCGGUUCUAGGAAGUGAAGUGUUUUUUGUGUGCGAAAAACAGUCUUUUGAUUCAGCCCUUGGCAAGAAGAAACUUUCAGAACUUGGUGUCGUCGGUUCGGAGUGUAGUGAGAAUCGUAGAUUCUGAUCCAGAGCAAGCGGAAGAAAUUUUAUCUGGAAAAGUUUAGCAGAUUCACCUUCCCGAAAAAAAUGAACCUCCGAACGAGGGCCUUCGUAGGCCUGCUCUGUAUAGGGCUAGCGACGGCACAGCUCAAUUACCGGCCAGAGAUAAUAUCGGCUGGUCAGGGCUUCCGUGCUCAGAGUAAAGUUCUUCACAAACGUCAAGCUCCGGGUGGUGAUGGUGAUGUUAUACCGCAUGAUAUGAAAAAGCAAACUACUUUCUGGUGGGUUGCUCCUGACUCUCCUUUCAAGGCUACUAAAAUUGGUGGCGGUGUGCAGGAACCUCCUCCAUCUGGGGGUCAAGAUACAGCUGCUGGUGGGGCUGUUGCUGGAGUUUCCGAAGCAUCUGGAGCUGCCGGAAGCGCAAGCCAAGCUGGAGCUUAUGGCGGGGCUGCUGGAUCGAGUACCGCCACCCAGGCUGGUGGUUUUGGGGCAACACGAACCUCUCAAUCUAGUUUUCAGGCGACGGCAUCAAGAAGUUUCGGAGCAACGGGAACCGCUGGAGCAGCGACUACUGCCACACAAACGGGCCAAGCUGGGCAAACCGCAACUUCGGUGCAGAGCGCAACCGCUUCGAGAACCGUUGGUUCUCAAACAGGAAUUGCAGGCCAGGGAGCUGGAGCCAUUGGAGGGUUGAGAACCGGUGCCGGCAGAACCACUAUCUCUCGAACAUCCACCGCUACUACAAGAACUUUUGGCACCGGGACCGUUGGCACAGGAGCGGCUGGUGCCACCGGACAAGCUGGACAAUUCGGGCAAACGACAAACACACAGGCAAUUGGAACCAACGCAGUAGCUGGUGCGACCCGAACAAACACUUUUGCCACCACAAAUCAAGUGAGUUCUGGAAUCGGAGGCCCUCCUCCUGGUCAGCCUGGAGUUACAGGUGGAGUGACAACAACAAGUAGCUUCCGCAAGACGGUUUCGACCACAUCGACCGGAGUUGCGCCUGUGCCUGUACCCACCCAAACAACUACGAACGAGUUCAACGCUGCCGGCGUCCGCACAAACACCGCCACCACAACGAAUGCUAACACUAAUACUUUAUCAGUUUCUAGAAACACUAAUACGGCUACUACCUUAACCAAUACGCAACAGCAGCCACAACCGCCUCCUAAUGCUUUCCAAACUAACACUAACAUCUACGGGACGGCAACUGCUACUGCUACCGCAACCGGCACUAGAACCGGUGGGCCUCCUCCGCCUCCGCCUCCGAUCGGGCCAACUCCCGGUUUCGGAGGAUCCACCCUUACCAGGACACAGCAACGCACCGGUACCGGUGUAACCAGUCACACCAUCACGACCGGUGUAAGUGUGCAGCCGUUUGUCAAGAAAACCACCGUGACAUCGAGCGGCUACGAUUAUCCAGUUCCACAGACCAUACCGUGCUACGAGGCGAACAAAAUUUGCACACCUAACGACUACUGCGUGAAUGGUUUCGUGGAUGAGAGCAACCUCAGUCUCUUCAACAGCGAGAACCAGAACUGCAACACGGCCACCGAACAGUGCUGCAAGAUUCGCCUGGCGCCACCGCCACCACAGGCAACCCAGUGUCCAGACGACAGCUACGUUUGCGUAUCGCCAAGCUUAUGCAACAACGGUUUACUGAACUUUGAUGCGCAGAACGCGAUCUCGUCCCAGCAACCGAAUGGCCAAUGCUUCGCCCCGGAAGUGUGCUGCAGGACCCAAUCGCUGGUUUCCGAAUCGACCGUGCUGACAGAUGAAGGAUACGUUGUAAGAGUACCAGACAAUCAAUACCUUCCACCGGAAGGUCAAAACACAAACACACACAUUCAAACCGCACCACCACCACCACGCACUACACCUCGCCCACUACCAACCACCACACGUUACGCGCCACCACCCACCACUACACGUUACGUACCGCCACCCACUACCACACGUUAUGUUCCACCACCAACCACCACUCGGUACGUGCCGCCACCAACCACUACGAGAUAUUUCCCUCCACCGACCACAACGCGCCCUUCAUUCCAAGGUGAUCAGUACAUUCCGCCUAAGGAAGAAAUUCCAGCCUCAUCCAACGACGAUCCUAAUGCGGUAAGACCACCCCCACAGGAUGACGUUCCAAAUCCGGCCAAUGACAACCCAAGCGUGCUACGACCAACACCGCCCAGACCAACGUUCCCAGCUCGACCAGUCACACCAAACGGGCCAGUAGGAGGACCAGCUCCACCCCCACUGCCACCGGUAGGCUGCUCUGCCGCUAUGAACUGUACCGAAUCUCAGUUCUGCUCCGCCACUGGUGUUAUCUCGAAAACUCCCGUCAAUCUGACUCCCGAGCAGGAACUGUUCCGCGUCCCAGUGACCGAGUGCCGUAACCUUGAGAGAGGCUUCACAGGGGUGUGUUGUCGUGACCCAGAUUACGUCGAUCCAUGGCCGGUGGGUCUGCUUGGACUUUACAAUCCCGAGAUACUCCCGUUCGAUGACGGUUCGUACAAACCAAAUGGCAACAAUGGUAACGGCAAUGGAAAUGCCAAUGGUAACGGUAAUGCCCCCAACGCUCGCAUCCAAGCCGGGCGGAACGAAGCGAUUGUCGCGUCACCCAAUCGGGGUCAGUCCUUUGGGGCCAACCAAAUCACCAGCGCUAGUCAAACCCAGUAUACUCAGGCGAAAUUCCAGACCGAUCGGGGUGUAACGGCUGCCACUAGCAGCAGCACUGGUACCAAGCGAUUCACUCCCAAUGGGUUGCAGUUCGUGCACAGCGGAACAACCAAGUUCAAGCCGUUCCAGAAACAAAGCUCCGCUCAGUGUUCUCCUAGGAACUACAACACACAGCCACGUGGUGCCGGACCAUGGGAUACCGGUUUCGGAGAGUUCCCAUGGCAAGCGAUGGUUAUCCUGGAGUCGAACAAGACGUUGCUGUGCGGAGGUGCUAUCAUUUCGGAGAAUGUUGUUGUAACGGCUGCUAACUGCGUUUAUGGACUGAACCCACGGGACGUUAUGAUCAAGGGAGGAGAAUGGCGAUUGGGAGUAGAUGCAGAACCAAAGACUUUCCAGAUUGUGCGGGUUAAAAACGUUAUCUACCAUCCAGCCUAUCAACCGGACACUUUGAACUACGAUGUAGCUAUGUUGGUGCUGGAGGACCGUCUCCGAUUUGAUACCCACAUUGGAGCGAUCUGUUUGGAUGAGAACGAUGUUGUGCCAAGCGCAUCAUACGAGAACUGUGUGACCACCGGUUGGGGACGUGAGGUUCUGAGGAUUCACAUCGGAAACGCCCUGAUGCAUUAUAUGCCGAUCUCACUGUUGUCGGAAACUGAAAGUCAAUCUCAGCUGCAAGCUAACGGAUUCACAUCCGAGUCACACAUCUGCGGCCGUCCAGCGGCUGAUGCCUGCGAAGUCGACAUCGGUAGUGCCCUGGCUUGUGCGGACACUAGUGGCAGUUACUUCUUGAAGGGUGUCUACUCGUCGGACAACGGUUGCAAUCGACCGGAUCAGAUUGUGUCCUUCUCGAAUAUUGACGUGGAAUGGAUCAAGCAGGCCAUGAGAAAUCCAGGCCAGUUCAUUACCCCUGUACCCAAAUACCAAACGUCGGCCAACAGUCCGGCGAUCACAACGAUUCAGCAACCUUCGACGCUGGUACCCAGCUACAACAAGGCGUAUCUGCCCCCAUACAAAUGAGUCGAUAAACAACUGAGAUAUGACAUAAUCUACUAAAUGCUUUAGAUAGAACUUAUUCUAGCCGAUAGUUACGAUGAAGUGACCACUGUUUUACUACACCUAGACAUUGAUACAUCCUACCGUCAUUCAUUUGUUAUUACCUCCCGAAUCAAUACUACAUUUAAGGUUUUUAUAUGCAUCUUGUUAUGUGAUUUGUACUAAAACAUCAGAGAUUCAUGCGCAAAUUCUUCAUCAGAACGAGAUAAAACAAAAAAAAACAAGACGAACAGACGCGCACACAUACUUACAUGAAGACAAUCACCACAACGAAUUUCGCUUAGGUAAUACUAUUUUAUUAUGAUAGAAGUUGUUGCGUAAGCUCAAUCAACCUAGCCAAACCCUGUUCAAAAUAAUGCUACCCCACUGUGAACUACCUUUUCUAAUAUGCCUUUUUUGAUGACUACAUUCAAAGUUACGCAGGCAAAUAGUGUCAUCCCCACAGAUUCAAACUGCCCCAAAACAAUACAUCACGCCGUGUACAAAGCCCAUCUUUCGUUAAUGUUUAAUUAAAAAGCAUUUGAGUUGCAAUGCAAGGGGUUUCCUUUUGUCUGCUUCCCAGUACUAUUAUUCAUGUUAAAUUAUGUUAACUUUUUCUGUACACGACGCACCUUGUGGUGUUGGACAGAGGGAAUACAGAAUACUACCAUUUCUAGUACAGUUCUAAAGCCAGUUAGAAGUAGUGAUCAUAGUGGCAGGUUGAACCACCUUAGCCGGUUCUCGAUGUACGAAAAAGGGACACAAAAAAUGCAUUUCAUGAUAAUUUUACAUUUCGUUAUUUCUUAGAGUGGUGAAAACUAGAAGCUUGAAAUUUUUGAGGAAAUGUAAGAAUGGAACAAAGUUUGGUUCGGUUGCGCGAUUUGAAAAUCGUUACCGAGAAAGAAAAAUUGAACGAACGCAUUAGACGAUGAUAAAAUGACCAACAGCAAACAAGUAUAACGUAACGAUAAUUAAAUGAUAUUGUUAGUACUAUUUAAUUACCUGUACAUAAAUAAAUAAUGUAAGACAUUUUUAAGAAAUAAUAA